AUGGUACAGAAACUCGAUGAAACUCAUAAGAAGAGUGUUAAAGCUGACGUAAUUAUUUUAGGAUGCAGUUUACCAGGGAUCGUGGCCGCUCACAAGCUAAAGAGGAGGUUCGGAGAUUCUAUGGAUAUUGUCGUGUUAGACCUGGCGGGACAGACACAAAGCUAUUCCAAGUAUAAUGUUGUCUUCGAAGAUGUAGAAAAGGACAGCCAGGAUAUCAUAACCGAGCCGGAUUUUCAAGGAACCGCUAAGCAAAUGAUUGAGAAUGUUGCGCGGUUUUAUCUAGCUAAAUAUGCCAAAGAAUUCCACGUGCCCCUUCCAGACGUCAUAAUAGCCCCGGAAAGAGUCAGGACUAGGUUGACCAAGCUGUUCCAGCACCAAAACGGUAACACUGUAGAAUGUACCAAUGACUUCCACGAGUUCGACUAUCUCAGCGUGAUGGAGAGGUUCGAGAUUAACCAAUACCAGAACAUGUUAGAUCAGAGCAUGAAGGACUUAUUUCAGAGACACAAAGUAGAUUUGCAAGCAGAAAGAAAUAGGUUAAGAUACUACGAUCAGACGUGUAUGGAAAGUCAUAUACGGGGGGCAUUGUUGUUUCCAACUUCUAAAGAAAUAAUGAGAUCUACCGUUAAGCUGGUCUGUGGCGCACCGGCUAAUUCUGUGUCUGUGUUAUUCUAUCUUCAUCAAUGUUACAGGACCGGCAGUACUAAAAACCAUUUAGAUGGAAAUAAUACAAAGUUUAGGGAGAAGACUUUGGGUCACUGUCGGAAACGUCUCCAGAAAAAACUGCAGCAGAGCAUCGCUGACAUAACUCUGUCCGCUAAAUCUAUUAAGGAAAUAAGGACAUACUCUGAUGAACAAGUUAUUCUGGAAACAAUAAAAGGCGAAACAGAUUAUGUGUGUAAUUUGUUGGCGAUGGCAUUAAAACCUGACCAGCUCGACAGCAUUCGAGUUGAGGAUGAGCUGCUGGCGGUAAAUUUGGCUAAUAAGAUUCGCGCCAUGAUUCCGGGUCGUGCCAGGAGGUUUGUUAUACAAUAUGAAGAUAACUUUUGGACGAAAUUGGGCUACAGCGGUGACAUUCUCAGCAUACGUGGUCCAAUCAUCUGGGCAAUGGAGAAACCAGAAAUGUCUACGACUGGUAGCUUAGAGAAAUAUCCCUCACUGAUCGGGUAUUUGAUGGUCCGUGAUGAGAGUGACGGGGACAGUAAAGAAGCCGUCAUAGAACAACUUAUAAAACUAUUCGGAAAUAACGCAAGUUCCCCAGUGAACUACAAAGAGACAAACAUAGCGGAUUUGUUCAUACCUAGGUGUGGAGAUUAUGUAGCACUUAAAGAGCUAACAGGCGAAGGGAGUCCGAAACACUUAGAGUGGGGGACGUUGGACAUAUUCGCCGAUGGAGACGUUGCUGCUGCUCUGGAAGCUGGGCACACUGCCUACCUUAAUCUGCUGACCAGCCUCCGUCCGCAAGCUCAGACAUACGAGGAUCGGAGUACGGCAGAUUGGCCACGGUUUCUGGAAGAUAGCCCUGUUCAAAGGUGGUAUUCCCACGUAAAUUUUGCUAAUGGUAUACAUUUACUGGUGUACUCUGCUGCUGCGUAUUACGGCUUACGUGUUGUGAGGUCUUAUUUCCGGAAAUAA